AUGACACCCAAUAGAGAAUUUGGAUCUUUUAGUAUACCUGGUAUGCCUAGUGAUCCCGCAACUCCCGGCACACUUUCCACACCUAGUGAACCUGUUAGUCCCUGCAAAUACGUUACUCUACUCACAUCCGGUAUUGCCGUAAAUCCGGAAACACAAACGGCACCGAAUAGUGAAUCUGAAUCGCCCGGCACACCUGGUAUUCCUAGUGAGCCUGAUUCUCGAAAUUCCGCUGGCAGUCCUUGUGGAACUGAAACUAAUCCUAGCACUGCUAGUUCAUCUGAAUCUUCAGGUACAUCUGGAGUAACUGUUGAACCUUGUAAUACUAUCCCUGGGAAUCCUGGUACUUCUGGCACUCCUGGCAUUCCUGCUGAAACAGCUACACCUAACACUUCUGGCUCUACUUCAGGAACUUCUGGUUCUACAAAUACGCCAGGCAUUUGUGCACAUGAUGGGUUCUUUCCAGACCCCGGAGACUGUCGAAAAUUCUACCGCUGCGUCGGCAGUGGUUCCACGUUUGUCAAAUACGAGUUCCAAUGCGGUAAAGGAACUGCUUGGGAUUCAGCUAUUCAGAGCUGUAAUCACGAUUAUCUCGUUCCUGGUUGUAAAGGGGGAUCUAUUUCGGCUAGCAUGCCAGACACUACAGUACCAGAAUCAUCUUCUAAUGAAGUCACUGGUACAACUGACUCCAGCACACCAGAUUAUACUACGAAGAAACCUAAUAACGCCACAGAUUGUGAUAAGCCAGGCUUUUACCCUGACCCAACACGAUGUGACAAAUUCUAUCGUUGUGUUGACAAUGGAAAUGGCUUCAACGUGUAUCAUUUCGACUGCGCACCUGGAACCAUAUGGGAUCCUAGCAUCGACACGUGCAAUCAUCCCGAGUCCGUGUAUCCUCCAAGAAAUUGCAGGAUGCCUCCGUCAGGUUCAUCUACUAGUACAGAACAAACAUCCAGUAGUGCAAGCGCUGGAUCUACUUCAACAAUAACAGAUUCGACUACUGCACCUGCAACACAGACAGAAACUAGCACAGCUGCACCUGAUUCAAGUACAGAAUCUAGUUCUGAAAGUACUAUUGAAACUACGACUAAAGCAUCUACUCAGCCAACAAUAACGGAUUCGACUACUUCACCUACAGGACCGACGGGAACUAGCACAGCUGCAUCUGAGUCAAGUACAGAAUCUACUUCUGGAGAUACUACAGAAACUCCGACUGUAGCAUCUACGCAGCCCACGUCUGAAUCGAAUACGGAAACUACCUCUGAGGCAACUACGAAGGAGCCUAAUAACGCCACAGUUUGUGACAGGCCAGGUUUCUAUCCGGACCCAAUACGGUGUGACAAAUUCUAUCGUUGCGUCGACAAUGGAAACGGCUUCAACGUGUAUCAUUUCGACUGCGCACCUGGAACCAUAUGGGAUCCUAGCAUCGACACGUGCAAUCAUCCCGAAUCCGUGUAUCCUCCAAGAAAUUGCAGGAUGCCUCCGUCAGGAUCAUCUACUAGUACAGAACAAACAUCCAGUAGUGCAAGCGCUGGAUCUACUUCAACAAUAACAGAUUCGACUACUGCACCUGCAGCACCGACAGAAACUAGCACAGCUGCAUCUGGGUCAAGUACAGGGUCUACUUCUGAAGGUAUUACAGUGACUCCGACUGUAGCACUUACUCCGCCCAUGCCUGAAUCGAGUACGGAAACUACUUCCGAGUCAACUACGGAGAAGACUAAUAACGCCACAGUUUGUGACAGGCCAGGUUUCUAUCCGGACCCAAUACGGUGUGACAAAUUCUAUCGUUGCGUUGACAAUGGAAACGGCUUCAACGUGCAUCAUUUCGACUGCGCACCUGGAACCAUAUGGGAUCCUAGCAUCGACACGUGCAAUCAUCCCGAGUCCGUGUAUCCUCCAAGAAAUUGCAGGAUGCCUCCGUCAGGUUCAUCUACUAGUACAGAACAAACUUCAAGUAGUGCAAGUGCUGGAUCUACUGCAACAAUAACAGAUUCGACUACUGCACCUGCAACACAGACAGAAACUAGCACAGCUGCAUCUGAUUCAAGUACAGAAUCUAGUUCUGAAAGUACUAUUGAAACUACGACUAAAGCAUCUACUCAGUCAACAAUAACGGAUUCGACUACUUCACCUACAGCACCGACGGGAACUAGCACAGCUGCAUCUGAGUCAAGUACAGAAUCUACUUCUGGAGGUACUACAGAAACUCCGACUGUAGCAUCUACGCAGCCCAC